UAAAAAAACAAAACAAAACAAAAAAACAAACAAACAAAAAAAAACACCUUAAUUUAGACUUUCUUAAUCAAAAUGGACCCUGUGCCAGAACUGGUUUGCUCAACUGAUGGACACACUAUGUUGACUAUGCUGAUGAGAUUAGGUGAUUGUUAGGUUUGCUGUGCCCACAGCAUGCAAAUAAAUCUUACUGAAUAAUGACAAUGCUAUAACCUCACAUACAAAGGAUAAUAUAUAGUUAUAAUCACAAAUACUUAGCUAGUAUGGCUGAAUUACUCAGAUUUUACUAUAACUUGAUUUACGGUAAGGAGGCUAUUCAAGGGAACAUUGCCAUUAUUGGCCUGCUAUCAUGAGCUUGGGAUUCGGAUGUUUAUUAUUCUAUAAUUUAUCUUUUUGAGGACAGAUCUUAUCUAUUCAUAUAAUUUGUUCUUUGAAUAUCAGUAUGUCUGGUUUCCCCCAAAACAGAAAGUGAUACUAACUGCUAAUGGAUCAGGUUUGGUGCAUAAGAGGCUAUAUAAAGUGAAAAGGCUAUAGAAGUGAGAAAUGUUUACAAGGCUAUACUCUCACUAAGCAGAGUAAGUGUUUAGUAAAUAUCUUAAUUGAAAACAUUAAUUUGGAAAGAUAAUGAAUUAUGCCCUAUAUAAAAAACAAUCACGCAAUCAUGAAAAUGUAUUAAAAUUAGGGUUUCUGACCAUUUUUAAAUAAAUUAUGUUCUUGAUUUAAGAAUUUUAUAUUUAACAAUAGUUUCCAAGAUGUAUAUAAAAAUGACAGUAGAAGCUAAGAAAAUGUCUGCGCCCUCCCCUCACCACAUAGAACUAGGUAAUUAAUGCUUUCAGUAAAUAAAUGCCCUUGAAUUAGCCAGAAUUAUAUUGAAUUGUUUUAUAUAGUAAAUAAUAUAUUCACAUGAGCUUUUAUAGUAUUAUUGCUAAAAGUAAGGGUCCUACCAACAGGAGACUGGGAUGAAGGGAUGAGCUGAUUCAGGCAAGGAUCAAUAAAACACACUUGUGCAGAUUCAAAGUUAAUUAUCCAGUGAGGAUUCAGUUUGCACAAGUCUUUCGUCUCAGCUCUGCAUGAAGCACUCUCUGGAGCCUCCUUACCAACUGUGGCUCUAAGAAUAGAGUAAAUUCAUUCACUCUUAUUUAAACACAUAUAUUAUAUCCCUGUGUAAAUGUCAAUCAUUUCAGUUUCAGUGCAAAAGACUGGAUAUUCACACCAGAUAAGUCAAAGUUAAAACAUAUUAAAUGAAAUGGUAUUUCAAAGCUUGCAUAUUCUACCUAUAAAAACCAGUGAGCCAAAGAUGUUCCUAUUAUUUAUAAUUAUUGAUUCCUGAAUGUUUGUGUUAAUAUAUUUCAAAGAUUAACAUUGAAAAGCCUCACAGAAAGGAAUAACAAUACCAUGAAGAAAUCUAAACUAAUUUCUUUGACAUCUUGACAUUUCUUAUUUCUCCAAAAAUUACAUUUUCAUAGAAAAUAUAUUUGUACUUCAAAUACACUUAUGAUGGACAAUUCAUGGUAUUUAAUUGCAUGGUAUUUAUUAAAAACUCAUGCUCAAAAUUUCAGUACCAGAAACUAGCAUCCAUCAUCUCGACAGCAAAACACAACACGUGAGAAAAACUAAUCAUUCCUUUAAGUGAAAUAAGGUAAUUUUUACCUAAAAAGGCCUCGAGGUUAGUGAGGGAAAAAAAGAUGCUUGAAAUGUAAGAAAAGAUCUUGAAGUAUUUCUUUUCAUCUUUAUUCUCUCUGUUGCUUUUUCUUUUCAUUUGAAAGAUCAGAUGAGACCACAUAUAAAUGUAUCUGGGAGGUGUCUUCGGGAAUUUAACUCACUUCUUAAAAAGAGAAAAGAACUAAAUACAUUAUCUGAUAAAUACAGUAUUUUUUAUUGUAAAUUCUGUUUGAAUCCUUGUUCUUUCAAAGGCUACAAUGAAAGAAAGAACAAGGAAAACCCCAUAUUUUAUGAUUUGUGAUGACAAUAGUCACCACAAGAUAGUUUUUUCAGUGUUGUUAGCACACAGUUAAUAAUAUAUAAGAGAAUCUGCAUCGUUCAGUCACAAAAUCUUCUCUCCAAAUCAGAACUACAAACUGUAUUCUAGAUAGAUAUUUCCCUGUUAGUAAAAUAUAAACUCAGACAUGGAAAUUCUACAUCUUUUUGGAGAAGUCUUAAUGAUUACACUGGGAUCAACAGAAUCCUACAACCAAAAGUCCCUUUUUAUACUUUAGCUUGUACUAACUAUGCUGUUGAGAAAGCUGCUUUCAGGAUGUAAGAACUAAAUUAUUAUUAGUGUUUUCUAAUAGGUGUGCAAUACAGAGCUGGAAGGAAGAAUAAAAUUAUUCACUUCAAGAAAAAGGAAUAUGAUUAUGGGGGAAGUAUGUGAAGUGAAAAUAUUGUAUGAAUGUUUUACAGUAAUUAUUUAACACAACACCAUAUAUUUAAAUUAUCUUGUUAUGUGUCAUUUGAAAAAAUGUAAGUACAUUUGAAUAGAAGUGGGUGUUCUUUGUGUAUCUGUAAGUAAGCAGCUUGUUGACAUUUGUUUAUUGCAUGAAAAUAUAAUUGUAAAGAGUUUCAUAGCCUAUUCAGUGUAAGCGUAUAUCCUUCAUAUUUAAGAACUUCGAUAUAUGUUUGGAUUUAAAUAACAGCAAAUUGUUGUACAUGCUUUGGAGGAAAAAAAUUUUUAAGUGAUUAAAAAAUGUUUCUUAUCGAAUAAUAUCAAAGUCCUAUUAUACUUCCUUUUACACACCAUAAUGAAUUAGUGAUCAAGAACACAAGUGUAGAUUUAAACUAAAAGAAACAAAAAAGAAAGAACAAAAAAGACAGCCUGCAUAGUGACAAGAAUCCGUCUCCCUUCAUGCCAGUAAAGUUCUAGCUGUGAGCAUGCUCAGAACAUGGGAGGCACUGAAGUUACUACAUCAGAACUCCUGCUGAGGUAUGAGGAGGAUACGUCUAAUAACUCAAUUGCUGUAAACCUAUGAUUAUUUUUCUGCUUUUAAACAUCUCUUCAGCCUCAGAUUGAUUACAAUGUUCUUUCUACUUCAUUUCAUCGUUCUGAUCAAUGUCAAAGAUUUUGCACUGACUCAAGCUAGCAUGAUCACUCCUUCAUGCCAAAAAGGAUAUUUUCCCUGUGGGAAUCUUACCAAGUGCUUGCCCCGAGCUUUCCACUGUGAUGGCGAGGAUGACUGUGGGAAUGGGGCAGACGAAGAGAACUGUGGUGACACUAGUGGAUGGGCGACCAUAUUUGGCACAGUCCAUGGAAAUGCUAACAGCGUGGCCUUAACACAGAAGUGCUUUCUAAAACAGUAUCCACAAUGCUGUGACUGCAAAGAAACUGAAUUGGAAUGUGUAAAUGGUGACUUAAAGUCUGUGCCGAUGAUUUCUAACAAUGUGACAUUACUGUCUCUUAAGAAAAACAAAAUCCACAGUCUUCCAGAUAAAGUUUUCAUCAAAUACACAAAACUUAAAAAGAUAUUUCUUCAGCGUAAUUGCAUUAGACACAUAUCCAGGAAAGCAUUUUUUGGAUUAUAUAAUCUACAAAUAUUAUAUCUCAACCACAACCGCAUCACAACUCUCAGACCUGGAAUAUUCAAAGACUUACAUCAGCUAACUUGGCUAAUUCUAGAUGACAAUCCAAUAACCAGAAUUUCACAGCGCUUGUUUACGGGAUUAAAUUCCUUGUUUUUCCUGUCUAUGGUUAAUAACUACUUAGAAGCUCUUCCCAAGCAGAUGUGUGCCCAAAUGCCUCAACUCAACUGGGUGGAUUUGGACGGCAAUCGAAUAAAGUAUCUCACAAAUUCUACGUUUCUGUCGUGCAAUUCGCUCACAGUGCUGGAUCUGUCUGGCAAUAUGAUAAUGGAGCUAUCACCUCACCUUUUUAAAGACUUGAAGCUUCUACAAAAACUGAACCUGUCAUCCAAUCCUCUUAUGUAUCUUCACAAGAACCAGUUUGAAAGUCUUAAACAACUUCAGUCUCUAGACCUGGAAAGGAUAGAGAUUCCAAAUAUAAACACACGAAUGUUUCAACCCAUGAAGAAUCUUUCUCACAUUUAUUUCAAAAACUUUCGAUACUGCUCCUAUGCUCCCCAUGUCCGAAUAUGUAUGCCCUUGACGGACGGCAUUUCUUCAUUUGAGGACCUCUUGGCUAACAAUAUCCUCAGAAUAUUUGUCUGGGUUAUAGCUUUCAUUACCUGCUUUGGAAAUCUUUUUGUCAUUGGCAUGAGAUCUUUCAUUAAAGCUGAAAAUACAACUCACGCUAUGUCCAUCAAAAUCCUUUGUUGUGCUGACUGCCUGAUGGGUGUUUACUUGUUCUUUGUUGGCUUUUUUGAUCUAAAAUACCGAGGGCAGUAUCAGAAGUAUGCCUUGCUGUGGAUGGAGAGUGUGCAGUGCCGCCUCAUGGGGUUCCUGGCCAUGCUGUCCACCGAAGUCUCUGUCCUGCUACUGACCUACUUGACUUUGGAGAAGUUCCUGGUCAUUGUCUUCCCCUUCAAUAACAUUCGGCCUGGAAAACGGCAGACCUCAGUCAUCCUCAUUUGCAUCUGGAUGGCAGGAUUUUUAAUAGCUGUAAUUCCAUUUUGGAAUGAGGAGUAUUUUGGAAACUUUUAUGGGAAAAAUGGAGUAUGUUUCCCACUUUAUUAUGACCAAACAGAAGAUGUUGGAAGUAAAGGGUAUUCUCUUGGAAUUUUUCUAGGUGUGAACUUGCUGGCUUUUCUCAUCAUUGUGUUUUCCUAUAUUACUAUGUUCUGUUCCAUUCAAAAAACCGCCUUGCAGACCACAGAAGUAAGGAAUCAUUUUGGAAGAGAGGUGGCUGUUGCAAAUCGUUUCUUUUUUAUAGUGUUCUCUGAUGCCAUCUGCUGGAUUCCUGUAUUUGUAAUUAAAAUCCUUUCCCUCUUCCGGGUGGAAAUACCAGACACAAUGACUUCCUGGAUAGUGAUUUUUUUCCUUCCAGUUAACAGUGCUUUGAAUCCGAUCCUCUAUACUCUCACAACCAGCUUUUUUAAGGACAAGUUGAAACAGCUGCUGCACAAACAUCGGAGGAAAUCAAUUUUCAAAAUUAAAAGAAAAAGUUUAUCUACAUCCAUUGUGUGGAUAGAUGACUCCUCUUCCCUGAAACUUGGGGUUUUGAACAAAAUAACACUUGGAGACAGUAUAAUGAAACCAGUUUCCUAGCAAUCAUUUUGGAUCACUGGACUUUCAGUGGACUACCUAAAACAGGGGACAGCUUUUGGAAGAUGAUAUCUGCAAUGCUUUUCAUCUUUACCAACGGCAAGCCUUUCCGCACAGAGAGCACAGCAGAAUAGCUCCUGUCACUGCAUUCCAAUGGCAGCUGUACUAUCUACCAAUCGUGCUGAGGACAGCACCAAAGGUUCCUCUCCUUACCCGAAAUGCCUGAAAAGCACAUGUGAAUUUGUAUAUAAUGGGUUGAGGUGCCGCUGAUCUCUAGCUAACCAUCACAACCCACCAACAAAUGACCACAGGUUGGCACUGUGUGGUCUUUCACAUCGGGUUGCACUGUCCAUGAAAUAGAAACACUCACAACAUCUGAUUCCAGCGUGGCCAUAAUAACAGAAGUCUAACAUCUCUUUCCUUGCUUUUUCAAUAUCAAAUAAAACCGUCAGCAUCCUGCUGGAUUGACAGCAAAGGAUUUUCAAAACAUUCAUCUACCCGAAGUCCUGCUCUGUGAAGGCCGGUGGAGUAGGCACUUUGAAAACAGAACUUCAGAUCAGGUUACCAUGUCUAAUCUAUGACCAGAGAGUCACACUGACGAAGCCUAAUAACAUUCACCUUUUGGAUUUUAUUUAAUGUCAGAAGAGAUGAAUUCUUAAGAUAUUUUUCUUAAGGUUGCCCAGGGCACAAAGCAAAAUUGGACACCUUCACUGCCAAAAACUACACUUUAAUAUUCUUAAAGUAUAAUUUAUUUAGAGCAGUAUCCCUAUUGCUGGCAAGUUCUGCUUUCAUAAAAUAUGCAGAUAAGAAGUGUUAAAGGGGAUUCAAGAAUUGUGGUUUUAUUUGGGACUGUCUGCAUACUCACAUUGGUUUUGUUCUCAUUGUUUUUAACAAAAAAGCAACUAAGUUUGGGGUUGUUUUUUGAAAACGAAACUGAAAAAAAUUAUAUGUGAAAAUGAGAGUCGGGUAAAUAAAAUUACGUUUU